UAAUCGAUUGCUGAACAGCAACGAAACCAAUUCGAUUGAACAUCCAGUGGAACUUAUUCCCUCUUCCGAAAAAAUAAGCAUUAUUAAAUAAUACAUUGACAAUGCGUUUAACACCUCGUUUAUGUGCUCAACAUUUGGGAUGGACCUUCAAGAAACACUGGCAAUCACAGGGAAAACGCAUACCCAGGGAUACUGGCGCUGCAAAUGAGUUGGCUAAAGUGGGUAUAAUAGUUAAAGAUCCCAAAGAAGUUCUCAACCCCAAAAAAGAGAGGCAGCGCUUUGUCAUUGAUCCUGAUACUCAGGUGGGUGAUGAUGAAACCAAUUACCAGUGGCACCAACAAAAAUGCUAUGUUUAUUCAAACGAAAAUGUAUUACUUGAGGGAAUGUCGCAAGCUCAAGUUCUUACCAAAACAAUUCGAGUAAACGGAUUGCCUAAGCCACUGACGGAUAUGUUGGCGAAUUUAUCACUUCCCAGCACCAUUGAUCAAAAUAUUCUUCAAUCGAUAUUGGCUUCCACUUUACUUGAUGCGGAACAGGUGGUACUGCCUAAGAUCAAGUCGGACGAACGGCCGGCAUUUAACUUUCCAAGACAAUAUGGUAUUUCACAGUAUCGCCAAAACCGGCUUUUGAUAAACAGACUUUUAACGGAAUGUGAAAAAAUCGCUAACCCCUCCAUUACCUCUCAACGCCGAGUAAUAGAUAAUGCUGACUUCACCGUAUCUGUGCCGAAAGAUGAGGACUUGAUUCAACUCGACUUGGAAGUACAUAAACUGGUGACAGCCAAUAAGGCCAUAGAACCGAUCAAAGGCAAAUUUGAGUCGGAUAUACCAAACAUGUACCCACUAAAAUGUACGACAUCUAUACCGUUAAGGAAUACUUAUUGCAGUGAAACAAGAUUUCCCCUUAGCAACAGGAUUAAUUGCUCGCAUCCCCACACUAUUUUUACAUUCUUUAAUAAGGAAAAUGUCCGAAAUAUUCACGGUUCAAAUGUGUCAAAUGCCCAGUUCCAGAGCCGUACUCUAUUAAGUGCUUUUGCAGUUGCUGCAGCGAGGGCGAAACAACUAUACGGAGAUGCAUCCUUAGAGCACAUCCCUAAGCCCAUAGUAAUUCAAAGUAUACAAACGGAUGGGCGUACAUUUCACUUUGGCGUAUUCCAGCUAAAUACAUUGAACUUAGGCGAGAAUUCAGAUGCCAGAAAUUAUUGGUUCCAAGAAGAAAAUAUGCAUUUGUUUACACAUUGCGCAUACAAAUGUGGUCAGCCCGUACUAGAGGGUUAUGACAAAAAAGUGUUCCGUUAUUUAAAUGCUUUUUAUCAUAAUAUGUAAAAUGUUCCCAUAAAUCAAUAGUUAAUCAAGAAAUUCACGUUGUUAUUGAUAAAAUCAA